AUGAUCUUGCGUACGCGUUUGCAACGCAAAGAGAUCCAUCUAUGUGAACACGCUCAUGUGCAGCCGCAUCACGUUUUGGUGUGGCCUGUUGGUACGGAGUUGUUGGUCUAUGUGGACGACUGA